GUUAUCAGGGUAUCAUAUUGGUAUACAAAGCUAACUUGAUUAACUAUGCUGUAUGUUUUAUUUACAGAUAAUGUUCAAUGAACAAAUCAAGGGAUAAUUGAAUUCAUAAUUGUAGCAAUGCUCAGCAUACAUUUGUGUUAUCCAUUCAAUCGAAUACUAUAUGAAAGAAACAUUGAUUACACUUUAUACUAUACUAUUUUAACACGUAUUUUUCAAGGUUUUAUCAUUCUGUUCAUUUUCUUCAAUAUUAUAUACUUUAUAAUAAUUUUUAUAAAUGGUAUAUAUUAUAUGAUAUGUAAUGAUAAAGUUAUUGUAUAUACCGAGAAGCAUAACAGUGUAUACCCUGUUGAUAAUAGUAUGAAUCAUACUGGAUAUUAUGAAUACUUACUUACACCGAAUACAACAUAUAUUCAUACAAUCCUUUCACCAAAAAACCAAUGUAAUUCAUUAUCAUAUAAUAAUGAAACAAAUAUUCUACUAUUUAUUAAAUCAACAAUUGAUCAGUUUGAAUUACGCCAAUCAUUACGUAAUACAUGGGCUAAUUAUAAAUGUUAUAUAAAAUAUGGUAUUAGAGCAUAUAUUUACUUUACUCUUGGUAGACAGAAUAUAUCAGCAUGGAAUACAUCAUCAUUAAUACAAUCUAGAAUAUUUUAUGAACAUAAAAUAUAUCAAGAUAUUCUACAAUUUGAUUUUAUUGAAAGUUAUUAUAAUGUAACACGAAAAUUGAUUGGAACCAUUGAAUACGCUACUUUACAUUGUUUUAAUGCAAAGUUUAUUUUAUUAAUUGAUCAAGAUUUUAUUGUUAAUCCAAUGAAUUUAGCAAAAUAUCUUUCAAAUAUUAAUACUAUUGAAUAUACUAGAUAUGUUGGAGGUUAUAUAAUUCAACAUGCUGUACCAUUUCGAAAUGAAAAUAGUAAAUGGUUUAUUUCGAAUAGAAAUUUCCCAUUCAAUUCAUAUCCAAGUUAUCCUAUUGGUGGAACAAUAAUUUUUAGUCGACCAGUUGUUAUUACCUUGAAUAAGAUAUUACGUCAUAUGAAAUUAUUCCCCUUUGAUGAUGUAUUAAUUGGUAUUAUUUUAGAAAAACUUCAAAUUCCAAUUGUUCAUAUAAAAAAUAUUUUCUUUGAAAAAUAUAUUUCAAAUGUUAGACAACAGUUUAUUACUUUACACACUUAUGAUAAUGCGAAUAUUCUGUUUAAUAUAUGGAAAUCUUUACGAUUCUAUGAUAUGUGUAUAUAA